CCUACCCGUUUACCAGCCAUAGCCUGCGGGCUAGUUGCGCAAUGGCGGCGUGUUCCUUCGCGCUCCGCCUGGGGCCGCGCUUCGCGGCGCCAACGGUGGCGAGUGCGACGAGGGGAGGAGGAGGAGGAGGUGGCCGCCCUACCGGCAGCCGAGCGCUGGUGUCAAAGAAGCCAAACAAGGACCACCGUUUGUGGAUCAGAAAAGAUUCGGCUGGGUCAGGGAAGAAGGCUCUUUGUCUUGUUAAUACUGUUUCAAAACUACCGAAUGAAAAAGAAGCUGUUUAUGGUGCAUUGGAUAGGUGGACUGCUUUUGAGCCUGAAUUUCCUAUUAUAGCAGCAGCAAAAGCUUUGGAAAUGUUGAAAAAACGAAGAAAAUGGCUACAGAUUAUCCAGGUAACCAAGUGGCUGAUGAGUAAAGGUCAGGUGCUGACAUGGACAACCUACGAUACACUGCUGUUGGCUCUUUCUAUGGAUGGAAGAGUAGACGAGGCUGAGUCAAUUUGGAAUACUAUCUUACAAACUUAUACACGCUCAGUGCCCAAGAAGUUGUUCUCUCGGAUGAUCCAGAUUUACAACACGUGCCAUCUUCCGGACAAAGUUUUGGAGAUAUAUGCUGACAUGGAGGAAUUGGGCGUGCGUCCAGAUGAGGAUACAACAAGAAGGAUCGGACGAGCGUUUGCAACUUCAGGCCAGGAAGAUAAGCAGAAGCCUGUCCUUGAAAAAUACUUGAAGAAGUGGAAGUACAUCCAUUUCAAUGGCGAACGCGUUCGGGUACGGAGGGCAGGACCUUUGGCCUAGUAAACGUCGUCUGAAUAGCUUGGGGCGAACAAUGUGAGUAUCACCUCGUCUGGACAUAUGCGAUUGCUAUCUUCUUCCGAGGUCCUAUGCGAGCUUGUCAGAUGGAAGGAAGUGUCGGAGUUGUAAUGCUCUCUAGACAAAUGGAUAGUAUCAUAGUACAGGGGUGAGAACCGGCAUUGCUAAUGAUGUUGGUGCCCAAACAUGUGUAAGUUGUGAUGUUUCAAACAGGUUGCCGCCGACUUCGAUACCAUGUGUAGGAACAAAGUCUGUUAAUUUUAACCGCUACGGCGUGUGGCAUGACAGGCACAGUCCUGCUCCUGACAAAUGGUGCAGUUAGAGCUACGGCAGUACCCAUCAAAUGUCUGCAAGUCUUUUUUGUGGGUAUUCUACAAGAUGAAGUGUAUGGUAUGGUGGAUCUGUCGACUGGUGCGGCGAUCUAAAAUAUGUUUGUUUUGAUGGCUGA